GCGGUGUGCACCUGAAAGUGCCCCACGACCGUCGACGGUCGCACUACACGUUUUCUCGUUUGCCUCCAGCUGCACUCCGAACGCACACAAGGACAUAGUUCUUUUGCAUUUCGUCGCACGCAUAUUCGGCUAACGGGACUCCCCCAAUCAGAACCUGGCACUCAUCUUCAUGGGUCAUACAUUCUCAUUCCUCAGCGAAUUCGUUCCGCCGAGGCCAAAGUUCACAACUGACGAUAUCCCCGACCUGACUGGAAAGGUCGUCCUUGUAACCGGCGCUAACGCCGGGAUCGGGAAAGAAACCGCUAGAGUACUUCUUACGAAGAACGCCAAAGUCUGGAUUGCCUGCCGUAAUGUUUCCAGAGGAGAGGCGGCUCUCAUGGAACUCAAGGAACGCACUGGCCGCGAUGCGCAUCUCCUCAAGCUAAACCUUGCCAACCUCCGGUCCAUCAAGGAGGCUUCCGAGGAGUUUCUGAGCAAGGAAACGCAGCUCCACGUGCUCUUCAACAAUGCAGGUGUCAUGCACCCGCCCGUUGAACUACUCACAGAUGACGGAUAUGACCUGCAAUUUGGCACUAACGUACUCGGUCACUUUUACCUUACUAAACUCCUCCUUCCUAUCCUUCUUUCGACCGCAAAGUCCUCUCCUGUUGGUACCGUCCGCAUUGUGAAUACCUCUUCGACCGCACACUGGUUCGGAAGUCUUGACUUCGACACUUUCAAAGACACUCCAAAACGGAGGGCGCAGUACGCGAUGCCGUUGUAUUGCCAGAGCAAAGCGGCUAACGUCGUGUUCUCUGCGGAGUUGCACCGCCGGUAUGGAGAUCAGGGUAUAGUGUCGACCUCUGCCAACCCAGGUCUGAUUGCGACUAAACUUUUUCGGAAUCACACAGGCAUUAUUCGGUGGAUGGCGGUAUGCCGUUCCAUGCGGUUGUGUGCUCUAGUUGAUGUAUUACUUCGUGUUUCAAGGGCGUGGUCCUGUACCAAGUCUCAGACGGUGCGCUCACGCAACUGUACGCGGGUACAUCGCUGGAGACUGCUAGGACUUGGCGGUCAGGUGCCGAUCUCUCCUUUCCCUUGUUCGCGCGCUGUAUAGAUAAACGGAUCGAUGUGCCUGCAGCACUUCGUGCCAUGGGCGCG